CACCCCGGGACACGUGGAGGACCCCCGGAGCCAUGCUCAGCACGGUCCGACAGGGCGUCCGCUGGUCCCUGCCGGGCGCAUUCUGCCCAGCGGCUCAGCACAGAGCCCACGGCCACCCGCCCGAGGAGCUCAGAGCCGGCGGCAGGGAUGUCCGGCAGGAGGAGAAGAUGACGGUGGGAACUGCGGCAGUAGCAGCGGCUGCUGGUGCCGGUGGUGGUGGUGGUGUAGGUGGUGGUGGUGGUGGUGCUGGAGGUGGUGGUGGUGGAUCGACCGAGGUGCUGGAGGCGGGCAGCAGCAGCAGCAGGAGGCAAGGCGUGAAGAGGCACCGUCACAAGCACAACCUGAAGCACCGCUACGAGCUCGAGGAGACGCUGGGCAGGGGGGCCUACGGCAAGGUGAAGAGGGCGGUGGAGAGGGCGACGGGACGCAAGGUUGCCAUCAAGUUCAUCAGCAAAGAGAGGAUCAAGAACGAGAAGGACAUGGGUCAGAUCCGUCGCGAGAUCGAGAUCAUGUCGUCCCUCCACCACCCACACAUCGUCAGCAUCUUCGAAGUGUUCGAGAACAAGGACAAGAUGGUGAUCGUGAUGGAGCUGGCGAGCCACGGGGAGCUCUUCGACUACCUCAACGCCCACCGCCCGCUGCGCGAGACGGAAGCUCGCAGACUCUUCCGCCAGAUCGUCUCCGCCGUGCACCACUGCCACAAGAGCGGCGUCGUGCACAGAGACCUGAAGCUGGAGAACAUCCUCCUGGACGAGAGCUGCAACAUCAAGAUUGCCGACUUUGGAUUGUCCAACCUGUACGCGCCCGACCGCUACCUGAGCACCUUUUGUGGAAGUCCUCUCUACGCAUCGCCCGAAAUCAUCAACGGACGGCCCUACCGGGGUCCUGAGGUGGACAGCUGGGCGCUGGGCGUGCUGCUCUACGCCAUCGUCUACGGGGCGAUGCCCUUCGACGGCCACCAGCCGGGCGCCCUCAUACAGCAGAUCUCAGCGGCGCGCUACCAGCAGCCCGCACGGCCCUCUGAGGUGAGCGAGCUCAUCUCGCGACUGCUGGUCGCGAGCCCCGAGCAGCGUGCCUCGUCGCAGGCGGCCGCGCACCACCGCUGGGUGAACUGGGGCUACCGCCGAUGCGCCUGCGGCUGCCUGGGGCCCCCCGGGGGGCCCACGCAGGCAAGGGGCCCCCGCGAGGCGGCGGCGAGGGCCGCGGAGACGGCCCCCCGGAGAGCGGAGCCGGCUCCUGCUGCUGCUCCUGCUGCUCCUGCUGCCCCUGUUCUGCCUGCUUCACGUAGGUUCAACGGAGCUCUGCGACAGAAGCUGGAGAUGUUCAACGCUCUCAUCUCAGAGCGCAAGACGUUGGACUUCCCCAAGACGCUGUACAAGUCGCGCAAGCAGCACGACAUGACGUCCCACCAGCACCGCGGGCCGCAUCCCACCGCCACCACCGGCACCGCCACCACCGGCACCACCGGCCGCGCCACCGCCGGCACAUCUGAUCACACAGCCGGGAUCCUCAAAGCCAGCGCUUGCUGCAACAACAACAGCAACAGCAGCAGCACCGCCGCAACUCCCACCACCACCACCACCACGACGACGACCGGCAGCAGGUUCAGCUUCAUCAAGAAGGCCGGGGCAGCCGAGAGGACGCGCGCCCUGCGGCAACCUCCGGCGGCGGCCACGCCCGCCGGGCCAGAGCGGCCGAUGCCGCACAAGAGCAUCCUGAAGCAGUCGGCGCAGCGCGAGUCCGGCUACUGCUCGUCGCCCGAGCGCUGGGCGUCGCUCGGCGCUCUUCACGGCGGCGGUGGCAUCGCCAUGGCGGCGACGAUGGCCGUGGCGUCGCCGCCGCAGCGGUUGUCGUCGUCGCCGUCCGAAGCCGGCCGUGGACCACCGCCGCCCCCCUCGGCGUCGGCGUCCGUUCCCGACCUCUCGUCCGCCGCGUCGGUCGCCGACGAGGGGGGGCGGCCGUGCCGGCCGAAGGGCAUCCUCAAGAAUGGGGGGCGCCUCCCGACAAGGUCCGGUGCGAUGGCGCCGGAGGGCGAUGUGGCCGGGCGCCGGGCGCCCUUCGCGCGCAGCAGCGAGAGCGUCCUGCCGAACGGAGCGGCUCUGUCGGAGCCGCCGAGGUCGCCGGAGGCGCCGGCGCGCGGCCACGGCGCCGCGGGCUCCGGGUGCCGCCGGUGGGCCGGCCGGCGGUCGCGGCGGCCACCCGCGGCGGUGGCGAUGAGAGGGGCGCGGUCCGUGGGGGACCUGUCAGAGAGGGCCGAGGAGGAGGAGGCCCCGGGGUUGGCCCAGAGCCAGUGCUACGGGGCGGCAGCAGCGGGCGUGGCCGACAGCUGCCUCUCGGCGCUGGCGAACCUGGAGGACGUGACGGACGAGUACAAGCGGGCCGCCGUCGGCGCCCGCGGCGCAGUCGGCGGCCCGCGAGGGGACGCGGCCGUGGCGUGCGCGUGAGAUGGGGGGGGGGGGGCGGGAGCGCAGGGCCUCCCCGAAGGACCCCCCGAAAUGUUAAACAGCCAGCAACGAACAGCACUGCAGGGAUGUAACUAACUGAACGUUUGGCGGAAGGCAUUAAAUGGGGCGGUGCGAGUGGUGGGCAGAUCGAUGGCACUAAUGAACGCCGGAGGUACCGCCUCCUGCUUGCUGUCCCGCCGAGUCCAGGGCACUGGAGAUGGAACAGAUGGAAAUUAGCCCACACUUUGCUGUACCGCCUUCUUCCAGCCAGCGAGUGGAUUGUGCCGCUGGCCGUGGUCUAGAACGGAUGCAAACGGGGUCUCCUCAGGUCUACUUAUAUGACAUCAACAAAUAUUGAAUUCGUGGGUGAUUUAAUAAUUGUUUUACAUUCACCGCUGGGUAUAGCGACCGCGUGUCUCAAGACGUGAGUGUUUACUAUUUUAUGUUUUCAUUUCACCAGUUGAGGCCCCACUGAGCUAUGUAGCUCUUUUUCAGAAGCGACCAGUCAACAAUAUAUAGUCUUAGAUUUUUUCAGUAAAGUCACGAAGGUAAUAAAUAGAAUAAAAUAAAUGAAAACAACUAAAUUAAAUCACGACGUUUUGGGCGCAACACAAGCAUCAUUCUUCAGGUGGGGACAACGUAGCGAAAGCACAACGAAGUGGCUUAUCAUCAUGUGGAAAUUUAUAGCGGCCAAAUACACUAAACGCGUGAUGAUGCUGAUUCUAAAUGUGGAGAGGAAAACCGGAGGACCCGGAGAAAAAUCCACGCGACCACUGGGAGAAAGAGACAUCGCAAACUGCAAAUAUACAGCAGCAGGCAUCGGGGUCGGGAUCAAACCCACGUGCUCCUGUGUACCAGGCGAGGUAGUCAACAUCUCCUAGCCACCGUGGUGAUGAUCGUAAGAAAGAGACACGCAAACUCCAAAUAUACAGCAGCAGGCGUCGGGAUCGAACCCACGUGCGCCUGUGUACCAGGCGAGGUAGUUAACAUCUCGCCACGCGGCAGCUGUCAGCGCCACUGGCGCGUCUCUCUCGUCCGCGACAAUCACGAGCGUGGCGCGCACGCUCACGGGCACGCUCACGUUUACAGAAGUCCGCGGAGGGAGUUGCGAUAGUUGAGGAUGGAGACUCGAUCGGUGGAGGCGGCAGAUUCCCGCCGCGCGCACAGGCGUGAGCGUUUAGGUUCGCAUCCCAGCGAGGGUCAACUCAACGCGAUAUGGGGAUCGUGACUCGUCAUUGUGUACACCAUCGACACCAUCUUCAUCAUCAUCGUAUGUUCUCGUUUUCAUCAACAGCUAUAAUCACAUCAUCAUCAUCACCACCGUCGUUUUCUUUGUAACUAUUUGCAUGGCGUUCAAAAUUUUGGUGCAAUCGUUGUAAUCAUCAUUUUAAAUCUUUAUUGCCAACAUUAUUUUAAAUACCAUCAUCACCGAGGUUAUCAUUACCAUCAUCACCACCACCACCGCCAUCAUUAUUAUCACCACCAACAUUCUUUAAAUACCAUCAUCACCAGGUUUAUCAUCAUCAUCACCACCACCAUCAUCAUCAUCACCAGCACUAUCAUCAUCACCACUACCACCAUCAUCACCACCACCACCAUUAUUUUAAAUACCAUCAUCAUCACCAGCACUAUCAUCAACAUCAACCACCACCACCAUCGUAAUUAUUAAAACCAUGCUGAACUACCACAAUCAGCAUUACCAAUAUCAUCAUCAUCACCACGACCAUCACCACCAACAUCACCAUCUUCCCCUGCGUCGGUAAGGAACGAGCAUAUCCUGCAGCAGUACUUCAACCUUGGCGGACACAUUCAUCGAUAAAUAAACCGUGAUACGGAUGUGCCGGUCCUUGUCAUGGGAAUGUAGAAUUUCCAUCACUGCCAACGGUGAUGAGCGACUGCUGCUUCCGCCUUGAAGAUGGCGGGGGGGGGGGGGCUCUGUGAUGCCCUUUGACGCCAACGCUUUGAGAUGAGAUUGAGGCGCUUGCUGAUUGUCGCAGCGAAAAACCGCCGGAUCUUGCCAUGGAAGCUACGGAGCGAGGCUUCUUCAGCCAUAGAUGAGAAUAAUACUGGCUUGGUCGCCCAAGUAUUUCUUCAUUAUCACCUUUGUUGUUAUUGUUAAUGGUAUUACGAUCAAACGUCGGGAUUCCAGGGCAUUGCCCACGGCUAAGUUAUAACAUUUCAUUCGGAAUGAAUGUGCGCUGGUCUGCAUUGGGGGUGUCUCCUACGGAUGCUAAAUUAGAUAUUGUCCGACCAAUGGUUCUGUUCAACGGUCUCGUACAGUAUUUUUUUAUUUGUUUUUGUACAAUAAAUGUCAAUUAUC